AAGCGCAGACAUCUUUGGCACAAUGUUGCUGACUGAGGUUGGUGAACCACAACAUGAUAGUACGUCAACAACCAUUCAAAUGGGAGUUGAAGACGGGGAAACAUCUGCUCAAGCUACCGCGAUACAGGACGGAGGUGGAGAAAAGAAAGAACACGGAAAGACUUCAGGGCCGCGGAUGACCAAGACAUUUUUAAAAGACCACUGUAAGCAGUACAAACUCUACUCAACACCAUGCCUGAAUGACACCUUGUAUCUGCAUUUUAAAGGUUUCGCCAGCAUUGAAAAUUUGGAGGAGUACACAGGACUGAAGUGUCUUUGGCUAGAAAGCAAUGGGCUGCAACAGAUUGAUAACCUGGAUGCACAAGUUGACCUUCGCUGUCUGUUUCUUCAGCAGAACCUUAUCCGCAAGCUGGAAAAUCUUGAGCCUCUAAAAAGCCUGUGCACUCUAAAUGUCUCCAAUAACUACAUACAGACCAUUGAGAACAUUUCUUGCCUUCCUCAACUUACUACUCUGCAGAUUGCCCAUAACAAACUGGAGGGAAUUGGGGACAUAGAGCAUUUGAUUCAGUGUCUAUCCAUCAGUGUGCUGGAUCUGUCUCACAACCUAUUAACUGAUCCUGGUAUUCUUGCUGUGCUUGAAGCCAUGCCUGAACUGCGAGUCCUUAACUUGAUGGGCAAUGAAGUCGUGAAAAAAAUCCCCAACUACAGAAAGACACUGAUUGUGCGCCUGAAGCAGCUGACCUUCCUUGAUGACAGGCCUGUUUUCCCCAAAGACAAGGCGUGUGCAGAGGCUUGGGCACGUGGUGGAAUUGAGGAGGAACGCAAGGAGGCAGAGCAAUGGAACACACGAGAAAGGAGAAAAAUUCAGGAAGGCUUGGAUGCUUUGGCAAUGAUCCGAAAUAAAGCCCAGGAGAAACAACACAUGAAAAUGGACGUUCAGAGAGGUGAAACCGAGCCUUUAAUCAACCCAGAGGCUUCUUACGAGGAACCACCUGUAGAGAAAAUCCAAGUAUUUGUUCAAGACACUUUGGAUGCCCGUGAGGAGCUGAUACAAAACAAAACAAAACAGUUGCCCCACAAAAAGGUUCCCGACAAAUAUUUUGAAGCAAAGAAAUAUGGUAAGGAAUUAUACAAGGACACACCCGAGGAUGAUAACAGGGAAGAACCAGAGAGAGUGACCCUAAGCAAUGACGCAGGGCAAGAAGUGAACAUUCCACAUCAACUACUUCCUGUCGUAAGAGUGACUUCCCCCGAAUCAUCCCACAGUCCUGGCCUACACGUGACCGAACUGGUGGAUGCAGAGCAGUUGGAAACCAUUCCGCUAACAGGUCCACUUCAUGUGGAUGAUCUGCCCGACCUGGAAGAUGUGGAGCCAGAGAAUGUCUCAGAAAUGUUUUCCAAUUUGAUGGCGAGACCAAGAAUAGAAGUCAUUACAAGGGACGACCGCGAGGGUCAUUCAGUCAGAAAAGUUACCCAUUUUCGUGGAGAAAAUCCAGUGUGUCCAAGUGUCUGCAAGUUAACCAAAGAUCCUGAUUCAUCAUUAAUCUAUCCAGAAGAUAGGGACACUCCUACCCCAGAUGCAAAAUUCCAAACAAGCGAAAUGUCCUUGAAACCACAUUGUCUGAUUGAGGAGCUUCAAAAUGAAGGUGGUCUCUGAUUGAGGACACCGUCUGACUGAUUAUCCUGUUCAGGUUGAUGUGUAGGAUGCUCAAUGUUUAAAUUCUGCGGCUAAAGACACGUGGACACGUGUUGGUACCCCUCUGUUAAUGAAACAAAAGCCCACAGUAGUUAGAAAUAUCCUGGAACUUCCAAAAGUAAUUAAGAAAUGUGAAUUGAAAGAACCAAUAAAAAUCAGC